GUUGAGGCCGUUGGCCGCAGCCAAGUCCGGUGGGUUCCGGAAACCUGUGGCCCGGCUCUCCGCGCGUCCCCGUCCCCCCGUGGCCGAGGCCUCGGCCAUGAAGCGCAUCUUCUCCUGCUCCAGCUCACAGGUGGCGGUGGAGAGAUGGAAUCGACGUGAUCAGAAGCUGCUAGAGGCAGUGCAGCGGGGGGACGUGGGACGCGUGGCUGCCUUGGCCUCCAGGAAAUCUGCCCGACCCACCAAGCUAGACUCAAACGGCCAGUCCCCGUUUCAUCUGGCAGCCUCUAAAGGUCUGACAGAAUGUCUGACCAUACUGCUUGCCAAUGGGGCUGACAUCAACAGCAAGAAUGAGGACGGAAGCACCGCCCUGCACCUGGCCACCAUUUCCUGCCAGCCACAAUGUGUCAAGGUCCUGCUGCAGCAUGGUGCCAAUGAAGAUGCUGUAGAUGUGGAAAAUCGUAGUCCGUUGCACUGGGCAGCCUCCUCUGGCUGUGCCUCAAGUGUACUCCUCCUAUGUGACCAUGAAGCCUUCCUGGAUGUCCUGGAUAAUGGUGGACGCACACCCCUGAUGAUUGCAUCACUGGGUGGUCAUGCAGCUAUCUGCUCACAGCUACUGCAGAGAGGCGCCCGGGUUAAUAUCACCGACAAGAAUGACAAAUCAGCUUUGAUCCUGGCCUGUGAAAAAGGCAGCGCUGAGGUGGCUGAACUGCUCCUGAGCCAUGGAGCAGACGCAGGGGCAGUGGACAGCACGGGGCAUGACGCUUUGCAUUAUGCUCUACGCACACAAGACAAGACGCUGUGGAGGCUGCUGCGGCAGGCCCUGAACCGCCAGGGGCGGGGAGGUCAGGGACUAGUUCAACACUCAGAUCUUGCAUCCCAGGCCUCUCCAUCUGAGCCUCAGGUAGGCUCUCCACCAUGGAGAGCAGAGCCUGAGGAGGAGCAGGAGGAAGAGGAGGAUGAAGACCCAUGUCCAGAGGAGUGGAAAUGGAAGUAUGAAGAGGAGCAGAGGAAAGUUUCUCAGUUGGAGCAGGAGCUGAUGCGGAAGACAGAAGAGUCUAAGGCUCAAGCUGCAGCUUACCUGGGCCUGGAGAACCAGAUUCAAGAGCAGGUGCAAGAGCUGGGGCUCCUCCUAUCCCAAGAGCCUGGGGCUCCAGGAGGCCAGAGCUCUAGUCUCCGGGCUGGAGGAGAUGGCAUGGAGCAGGGUUGUCCCCUGGACCUGCUGGCUAAGGGCAUUCAAGAGCUAAGGAAGCAGCAGCAGGCAGCAGCCACAGCAGCAGCAAACCCAGUAUUAGCUUCCAAGAAGGCUAAGGAUUCAGCCCCAGGGGAGAUCCCAUAUGCAGCCCAUGGAAGGUCCCAACCAGAAGAACAGGGGACACCCCAGAGCCCAAAGUCUGAUGCCACUGGGGAAGCCAAAGAACAGCAACUGGCCACCAGUGGUGGGCAGGACCUUGGCCCUGAUCAUACCCACCAGCUGUGUGCUGGCCAGGAGGAGAGACGCCAGGCCCCAGGGGCUGAACCAGCGGGCACAGCAGCCAUGAACCAGCUCCUGCUACAGCUGAGGGAGGAGCUGGCUGCGGUGUGGCGAGAAAAGGAUGCAGCCCGGGGGGCUCUAUCAAGACCUGUCCUGGAGGGAGCUCUGGGGACCCCCCGGGCUGAGGCUGCAGCAGCUGCCUGGGAGAAGAUGGAGGCCAGGUUGGAGCGGGUGCUGGUGAGGCUGGAUCAGGCAAAAGCAGGAUUACAGAUGAAACCUGAGGCCCCUGCCCAGAAGCCCAGAGAGGGAACCUCAAAGGCAGGCCCAGGGACUGUCAUCAAAGGGAAUGAAGGAAGGGAGGACAGGUCUCCUGGGACCUGGGGAAAGCCUCUAGGGGCUCCCAGAGGGGAGCAGAUGCUAGGAGGAGGCCUGGCAAAGGGUCAGCUGGAGAAGGAGGUGUCAGCACUGAGACUGAGCAAUAGUAAUUUGCUGGAGGAGCUGGGGGAGCUGGGGCGGGAGCGGCAGCGGUUGCAGGGGGAGCUGCAGUCCCUGAGCCAGCGGCUUCAGCGAGAGUUUGUGCCCAAGCCAGAGGCGCAGGUCCAGCUGCAGCAGUUGCAGAGGAGCGUGGGGCUGCUGACGGAUGAACUGGCCAUAGAGAAGGAGGCCACCGAGAAGCUGCGUAAGCGCCUGGCUUCGCAAAGUAGUGGCCUCCAGGGACUGUGGGACUGUCUGCCAGCAGACCUGGUGGGCAAGGGGAGCGCUCAGAACACAUCGGCCGAACCCCUGGAGGAGCUGCAGGCCUGCAUCCGCACCCUGGUGGACAAGCACCUCGAGGCCCAGCAGGUGAUGGCUCGACUAGAAGAGGAAAAUCAGCAGCUGCGGGGCUCCCUUGCCCCACGCGGGGAACCAGGUACCUCCUCCGAGGCCUCUGCAUCCCCCCAAGUGGCUGCUCUGGAGGAGGAUCUGGGGAAGCUGGAGGAAGAGCUUCGGGCGGUUCAGGCCACGAUGAGCGGGAAAAGCCAGGAGAUCGGGAAGCUGAAGCAACUGCUCUACCAAGCCACGGAGGAGGUGGCUGAGCUGAGAGCCCGGGAGGCGGCCAGUCUAAGGCAGCAUGAGAAAACUCGGGGCUCGCUUGUGGCCCAGGCCCAGGCCUGGGGCCAGGAGCUAAAGGCUCUGCUGGAAAAGUAUAACACGGCGUGCCGGGAAAUGAGUCGGCUGCGGGAGGCAGUGGCGGAGGAGCGCCGCAGGAGUGGGGACCUGGCCGCACGCGUUGCGGAGCAGGAACGCCAAGCCAGCGAGAUGCGCGGGCGUUCGGAGCAGUUUGAGAAAACCGCGGAGCUGCUGAAAGAGAAGGUGGAGCAUCUAAUCGGGGCUUGCCGGGACAAGGAGGCCAAGAUCAAGGAAUUGUUGAAGAAACUGGAGCAACUUUCAGAGGAUGUUCUAGCAGUUCGGGGAAAAAAUGCUCGCCUUGCCCUACAGCUGCAGGAUUCCCAGAAGAACCAUGAAGAGAUCAUCGCCACCUAUAGGAACCAUCUGCUGAGUGCUGCUCAGGGCUACAUGGAACAGGAUGUGUACAAUAUCCUACUGAGAAUCCUCAGCAUACAGGAGGAGUGAGACAGCCUGGGGCCUGAAGAACAUGGGAUCUCUCUGUUGGGACUAGCACAUCCCUGGUUGCCAGAGGCUCCAUCAGGUGGUUGUGGGUGAUGGGUGGUGGGUUGGCCACUAGGGGAGGUAUGGGUGGGGCUUCACCUGAUGUUAUGGACCCCAGACCUGAGAACCUGAACCUUGGAAUCAGCAUGGGAUGAGACCAGAAGAGGUGUGGAUGGAAGCCAGCUCUAUGGAAAAUAAAGCAGGAGGCAGGACGGUG